GUUGUCUCGUGCUACCCCACCGUGGUGGCCUCCACGGACCUGGAGAGCGCCGCCAGCGACCGGGCGGGGCGGCCAGCCGCGCCCUCGGCGGCCCGGCGGGAUCGGGCGCCGCGGGCGGGGGAGCCGCCGGCGGGCGGCGACUUCUGGAGGAUCCACGGCGAGCUGGCGCGCGAGCGCUCCCGCGAAGCCGCCGGCGCGCGCGCCGCCGCGCUGCGCGGCCCCUGCGACCCGGCGCCCCGGUACAAG